AUGGUCCGCGUUUCCGUCCUCAACGGCAUAGUCAAUGCCGAGCGAAAAGGCAAACGUCAGGUCCUUGUCCGACCGGCGUCGAAAGUUGUCAUCAGAUUUCUUUUGGUCAUGCAACGUCAUGGCUAUAUUGGUGAAUUCGAACACGUUCAUGACCGUCACUGUGGCAAAAUCGUUAUCCAGCUUAAUGGACGCUUGAAUAAAGCAGGUGUCAUCUCGCCUCGUUAUAAUGUUCAGGCAAAACAGAUUGAGAAUUGGGUCAACAACUUGCUCCCUUCACGUAGUUUUGGGCACAUCAUUCUGACGACAAGUUCCGGUAUCAUGGACCACGAGCAAGCUCGUCGCAGGGGCAUUGGUGGUAAGAUCUUGGGGUACUUCUACUGA